GGCAGUGACGUCAGUGCCGGAAAUGACCCGGAUCGGAACUUUAACUCCUGGGUUGAUUAGUUUUCACCAGAAACAUCGAGGGCUCUCCGAAUAUGCUGUGAUAUCGCCUCAGACAUGUGUGUACAUACGUCCAUGAAGGAUACCCCACCUUGGAUGUGAGUUUGUGUCCACACCGGGAGGUCUUCGUGUUCAUCCCCCACACAGCAGAGGAGUAGGACCCGGCAGUCCCUGGUGGUUCCUGGUGGUUCCUGGUCUACAGCGGGCUGGUGACCCAAAACCGGCGGCAGGAUGACGUGCCGUGACCGGACCCUCGAGUUCCAGUCAGCCUGUAAAUCUCUCCAGGGCAGGCCGAAUGGAGUCCAGCCCAGUAAACCGGCUCUCAGCGCCCUCAGGCAGCGCAGCGACUUCACAGUUAUGGCCAAGAGAAUUGGAAAAGACUUGAGCAACACAUUUGCGAAACUGGAAAAACUCACUAUUUUGGCAAAAAGAAAAUCUCUAUUUGAUGACAAGGCAGUGGAGAUCGAGGAGCUAACAUACAUCAUUAAACAAGACAUCAACAGUCUAAACAAACAGAUAGCACAGCUGCAGGACUUGGUGAGGUCCCGCGGAGCUCCGGGUGGCCGACAUAUCCAAACCCACUCCAACACUAUAGUGGUGUCAUUACAGUCUAAACUGGCUUCAAUGUCCAAUGACUUCAAAUCAGUCCUUGAAGUCAGAACAGAGAACCUGAAGCAGCAGCGCAGCAGGAGAGAGCAGUUCUCCCAGCCUCCUGUCUCAUCUUCUCCUCUGAUGGCCAACAACUUCAGGAGCCGCAAAAAAGGGGCCCAGGAGCCGCAUGCAGCUCGCGAGCAGCGCUAUGACUACCAGGGCAAUACAACCUCAAAUUUAAAAGAGAGCUCGGUCCUGAUGCAGGAUGAGUCCAGGAGUAUGGGGGAUGUAGCUAUCGAUAUGGACUCUCAGACCAAUCCCUUGCAGCUCCAGCUUAUUGAUGAGCAGGACUCAUACAUCCAGAGCCGUGCAGACACGAUGCAGAAUAUUGAGAGCACCAUCGUGGAACUGGGCUCCAUAUUCCAGCAGCUGGCACACAUGGUCAAGGAGCAAGAGGAGACCAUCCAAAGGAUUGAUGCUAACGUGGAGGACACCCAGCUGAACGUGGAGUCUGCCCACACAGAGAUCCUCAAAUACUUCCAGUCGGUCUCCUCCAACCGCUGGUUGAUGAUCAAGAUCUUUCUUGUCCUUGUCGUCUUCUUCAUCAUCUUUGUCGUCUUCUUCGCUUAAAGAAAAGAGGAGCGGCUGAAGGGAAGGAGAAGUAAAAACUAAAGCUGGACUGAGACGACAUGUCCAGACAACGUAUUUUGAAGGACAGACUUCUCUAUGAAAAUGACAGUUUGAUGGAGACUUGGGAGACUUUUUGAUUUAACACAGACUUUCUGGUCAUUCCCAAGCCACAGACUCUUGAUCCUAAUUCAACAAUUCAGUGAAGAAUGAAGAUGUUGAACUCUGUCCAAAUGAAAGAAUAUGUGAUCUAAAAUCCCCACUUUGUAUAGAGAGAGCAACAUAUUGCUCUGUAUUGUACUUUGACCAAUAAUUCAUAAACAUUUAAUCGAAAUGGCUAUAAUUUAAAUGGUUUGAUUCUCCAAACUGUCUUUUUAAUUUAGAUCCCCCCCUUGUUUACCCCUUUUACCACAUGUCAUUAUUAUUAUCAUUAUUAAUAUUAUUUCAAAGCCAAACAACAGAACUGGAGUUUAUUUGUGGAUCAUUUUACUUCUUAGUUUACGUUCUUGUUAUUGAAGAGCAUGACUGUGUCACUUGUUUAUCAACAAUUCUUCACUUACCACCAUUCAGAAAUGAUGUGAAAUAUUUUGUAUUCAGUUAUAUUCUGUUUUGCUUUCAAAGUUUAUUUGCCAAAUGGGUACUCUUGUAGAAUUGUGACACAACACAAAGACACUCGCUGGUGAUCCAGCAUUUUGCGUCGUGGAGGCACAAGUGGGCAGUUACAGCAAGCUUUGCUGGUUUGAUUCAGGCACAAGCUGCAUUAAAAGGUUGAUGUUUUAAAUGAAACUGUUGCCAUUAGGCAGGUUGAAUGGUUGAAAAUUGUAAAAGAUGCACAUUCAGUGCUGCAGAGAGACUUUAAGCAUACAAUUAUAGUUUUUAAACAGGAUCCAGGUUUGACAUCAGUACUUAUGAAGGGGUGAGGCUGGUUGUGAAGACCCGGUAUUGAAGUGUCUCAAUCAGCCAGAUUCCCUGGAAGUGUCUGGUUGGAUGUCACUGUUGUAGAUACUUCCCCUCUCUAAUGUACCAGAUCUUAUUUAAAUGACCACAGCUUUUUAAGAAGAAACAAAACAUUCUUCCUAUUUUUUCCCGUCUGUUUUUUUUUUUUUUUAGCCAAAUGCCUUGACUUAAUGUAUAAAGUGCAAAUAGUGAUAAUGAUGUAUUGAUAAGAAAGUGCAUAUUAAUAAAAUAAUAAUGGGGUGCUGGCA